CAGUGGAACUGGCUUGCAAUAGCGAGCUUUCUCUGCCGCACUUUUGUGGCUUCUGUGGACAUACCAGUGACCGGUGGUUUUUGCUCCCAGGCUCCCAGAGUUGCCAAAGCGGUUAGAAGUCAUUUGGAAAGGCUUUCAGCCGAAUCUUUCUGAUUCAGAAGGCCAGCUGCCUUCUCCCGAGGUACUUUGGAAUUUUGCAACGGCCGCUGAUCCUGGUCCAGGUGCAUGGGGAAGACGCUAAGGGCAUAAACCCAAACAUUGAACCUGAAGACCCGGCGCAAAGUAGAAACUGAAAGUACCCUGCUCACUCUACUGGCACAUCCUACGGAAGUUAUGGCAAAGCCAGAGCGCCUGGCCGGCCGGUGAUGCAUGCGGCCCCUCCUGGAAUGGAUGGACCAGGCGCAGAGUGGGUGAGAGGAGCCAGCUUCCCGGACUGCCCUGCCCAGCACCGGCGUGCGGCCACUCGGCGGAUGACCGGGGUCUUGGGCGUGAUUAUGGGUGGUGAGAGCACGCUCCUGCUGCAGACCCAGUCAUGAUGACUACACCCACCUCCCGCAGACCAUGUUCCAUGUUUCUUUCAGAUAUAUCUUUGGAAUUCCUCCCCUGAUCCUUGUUCUGUUGCCUGUCACAUCAGCCGACUGCCACAUUAAGGAUAGAGAAGGUAAAGCAUAUGAGAGUGUGCUGAGGAUCAGCAUCGACGAAUUGGACAAAAUGACAGGAACUGAUAGCAAUUGCCCAAAUAAUGAACCAAACUUUUUUAAAAAACAUCUAUGUGAUGAUACAAAGGAAGCUGCUUUUCUAAAUCGUGCUGCUCGCAAGUUGAAGCAAUUUCUUAAAAUGAAUAUCAGUGAAGAGUUCAAUGUCCACUUACUGAAAGUUUCAGUAGGCACACAAACACUGGUGAACUGCACGAGCAAGGAUGAAAGAAAUUUAAAGGAACAGAAAAAGAAUGAUCCAUGUUUCCUAAAGAGACUACUGAGAGAGAUAAAAACUUGUUGGAAUAAAAUUUUGAAGGGCAGUAUCUAAACAGGACAUUCAGUAGUAACCUUCAAGAAUUGCCUGGUCCAUGCCGUUUGAGGGGUUGAAAUCCCCCCAGAAGUUGCUGGAUGCCUCCUGGCUAAAUGAACAGAGCAUCAGGGAGACCCACAAUGAGGCACUAGAAGAUGGACAUGAGCAAUCCAACUGGUUCCUGUGAUCAGCACAGACAUAUGGACAUGCAUCAACUGUACUGAUUUUGUAAGGGAAUCAUGUCAUCAGCAAUACUUUUUCAACCUUUCCAAACAUUUCAAAAGAUAUCAAGUCUGCAAGAUUCAUGGCCACAAGGAUUCAAAGCCACCAUUGUUUUCUAGCAAAAUGAAGAUAUGUGCAUCAGGAAACCACCUGAGGAGAGGAACUGUCACCUUGUAGACUGAAGACUCUGCAGGGCUCAUGGUGAUGAAUAAUGCUCAUGAAAACAAGAGUCAGACACUUGUGUGGCAGCAGCAGCAGCAAAAAAGAAGCUAAAAGCACUUAAGACACAUAUCCAGAAAUGUAGUUAAACAGGAAUGUAUAACACAUACCUUCAGUAAAGAGCAUAGCAGAUAUUUUUUAAUAGAAGAAUUUUUAAAGCUAGAAAUGCACUUAGUACAAAGAUACUGAACCUUAGUAUUCGAUCACUUUCGUCAUUUAUGUGUAAUAAAGCUUGUAUAACUGAGUUUUCAAUUUGGGAAGUAUAUUUUUAAAAGAAUAAUAUAUGUUAGACUUUGAAUUAAUGUAUAUAUUUAAUUUUGACAUUAUCUAUAUAUAAAAUAUUUUCAUACACUACACUGCCUACUUUGGAAAGUGCCUCUUUUUAAAAUAAAUGACCUUCGUGUUGACACUGUCAGGUUCACUUAAUCUCAAGCAUGUUCACUGCUGCGCUGCCGUUUGACCCCAUUUAUAUUCAACAUGUAAUCUUUGACACACUCAUACCAAGAACCAUGAGACUAGGACCCUGCAACUCUGUUAAGAGGAGAAACACUAAUUUCUUGUUUUACAAUAGGGUCUUCUAUGUACCUCAGGCUGGCUGUGAUGCUACCGCCUCAGCCUCCCAAGGGCUGGGCUUGCAGACAUGAGCCAACAUGCUCAGUUAGAAACACUAAUUUUUUAAUAUUAACUUCAUGUCUUUGAAGAGACAUCUGUGCAUAUCUUAUGUAUAUAAUACCUGUUUAAGAAUCCUUCUUUGAAAGGCCUGCAGUCUUCAUUCAGUUGUGAGGGACAGGAACACAGAGACUGAAUUUCUGAAACAGAUGAAAGUGCUGAACUCACAUUCUUUUGGUUCUUUUCAACCACUCCAGCAUCUAGCCGGAUGUUUGCAUUUCAUCUGUACAUUACAUGAUCAGUGCUCCACCGACACCUUCCAUGUGUGAUGGCCGUGCCUUCUCCUUCCCCCUUUUCUCCAACCCAUAUGAAGUUCAUCUCCAAUGGUACAGAUAGCUGGCAUUAAUCGUUUUGGGAGAAAAACUUCUGGUUUAAAGUUUGUUUCAUAAUCAACACCAUUUGCCCAAGUAACAGUUGAUCAGAACAAAUGAUACUUUAAGAAAGUCAGCUUCUUUAAUGGACUUUGCUAAGUAGGUUAUGUCUUCACUAUAAAAGGGAUCUACUAAAUGGUAGUGUUUUAUCUUGAAGAACUAGUAAAAUGGGUAAGCCAUUAGCUAGAGAACUGAGGGCAUUUGCAUGUCUAAAGGUAAACUCUAUACCUGCAAGGCUGUCUGUAAAGCACCCUAGCAGUAUUGAAACAAUUCUGACUAUGGCAAAAUUUUAAAUGCUCAUUAAAAGUUAUUAAAAUUU